GCUACUCGCCACCUUGGCUCAUCCGGGCGUAGUCCGUCUAUCAACUAUCGCGCUUCUAGUUGUAUUACGCGUGCGGCAGCUAUGACAGCCAAGAACAUCCGAGCAGUUGGCAUGUACUUGGAUGGUAGCAAUCCGGAAAAUGUCGAUCCGGUUCCAGCCUUGAACUGGACCUCCAAGGACGACAUCAAACAUGUUAUCGUGUAUGGCCUACGUGUCUCGCCAGCAGUGAGGAAGCUCCUUGCCUGCCUUGUUUACUACAAGGUUCCCUUCACCUUCAAGCCUGGAAUUGGGAAGAAAGGAUCAAAGUACUACAAGAAGAUGCCAGUGGUCGAUGUCAACGGACGUCAAGUGAGCCCUUGCUGGGAGCGAUGCCUUCAACCUCGAUUGGGAGACAAAGAUUGCCUAUCAGUAUCAGAUGUCCACUGUCUACCACCUAACGAACCAGGAAGCGAUCGCCAACUUCAAGGGUAAGGGAGGAGAUGGCCCAUUGCCUGGUUUCCUUGCCUCUUGCAUCCUUCCCAGGAUCCACAAGGGUGGAUUGAAGGACCUCAAAGCCAAGUUUGAUGAUCCAAAUGCCCUGGAGAAGGAGGUGAACUUGACAGUGUUUGCGAAGGAGUUUGCAAGCGCCGUGGAUGGCAAUAACUUUCUUGGUGGCUCCGAACCAAAUCCCACGGACGUGUCCUUCUAUGGCGUGAAUGCCCGCUAUGUCUUCCUGAAGAUUGACACAAUCGUGGGCGCGCUGGAUGCUGCAGGGCUUAUGCCGUGGUUCAAGCGAAUGGAGGAGCUGAUUCCGCUCGACAACAAGCCAGGCGCAAUCUAUUCCAUCAAGAAGAACGAGACAGUCACGUUCUGAGCACUUGGUUGCGCUUGAAGUGUUUUGAAUUGAAAGGGCGUUGCCGCUGACAGCGGGGUGCAGCAGAUGGAUGUGUCUCCGAGAGGGUGCUUUUAAAAGCAGU